AGGGGGAGGGCCUGUUCGCUGCGACGGUCCCACGCAGGAGCCUAACCUGAGCGUGUGAGGCGGUGGGGAGCCGCUCCCCUCCCUGAAGGGAGGGAAAGUGGAGCCGUCGGACUGAAGAGUCGGGAGACGCUCCUCCCCCCUCAGCCUUGUCCUUAAUUUGGAGCUGGACGAAUGGGGGAGGGGGGCUCGUCGGGUCCUGCCCCGCUGUCUUAGUUGUGAGUCCGGGAGAUGGAGGCGUCGGAGGAGCGGCGCUUCCGUGCUUUUCUGUGCACUUGGGUCCACCUGCCUUGCUCACCCCGCCCUGCUCCUUUCUCUGUCUAAGGCUGCUUUGGGACUACAGCUCCCAUCACCCGUAGCAAACAGGACCAGUGGUCAGGGAUGAUGGGAAUUGUAGUCCCAAAACAGCUGGAGGGCCAAGUUUGGCCAUGCCUGGAAGGCGUCGGAAACCGAAAGCACCUCGCCAACCCCUCACCUCAAACUCUUUUCGUCCACAAGUUUGCCCAAAUAGAAAGGUCCAGUGGCCCUUCUGAAACAAACAGGCUCAAGGUUAUUUGUGAGCGAUAGUAGCCCGUCUUCGCUGGCUAUACAGUAUUUAUUUGCUGAUUUGGGUGCCAAAUGCCUCAAAGCAACUUAAAAAAGAAGAGUGAAGGCAACCCCCCCCCCCAUGAAGACCAGAGCAACAAACAACCAAAAAUUCUUAUCCGUGUAUCUGAAAAUGAUUAAACCUGCCUACCCCACUAAAGGGUACAUGGAAUUUACUGCUUCUGUCAGGUUGAGAUUGCCAUUAUUUCUUGACCAAACUAAUGUCAAAGGUAUGCAUUUGCAUUGCUUAUUGCUCUACUGCAAUCCUAUAGCAGGAGUAUUCAAGUGGCAGUAUCUUUGAUUAAAAGAAGUGAUUAUGCACCGAAGACAGAAAAGCUCAAAUAUUGGACUACUUCUGCUACUUUCUCAGAUUUUCCAAGUUGGGGUUUCUAACAUUCCACCUGUGACACUUGCCACUUUGGCAGCAAACGUUUUCCUCUUUUUACAACCCCUGAAACGACUGGACAAAACAUGCAUCAGUGUCACAGAGUGUCUUUACAGAAGAGAUUGGCAUCGUUUGUAUCUUUCACCAUUUCACCAUGUGGAUGAUUGGCACCUAUAUUUUAAUAUGGUCUCCUUGCUUUGGAAGGGAAUUAAGUUGGAGAGGAGGCUUGGAAGUUUUUGGUUUGGAUAUAUCAUUACAAUAUUUUCACUGCUAAUUGGAGUUGUGUAUGUGCUUCUGGAACUUGCUCUUGCAGAACUUCUGGAUGUUCCUUCAUACAAACAGAGUUGUGCUGUUGGCUUUUCAGGAGUAUUAUUUGCUUUGAAAGUUCUUAACAACCACUAUAACCCAGGUGGGUCAAGCAGCGUCAUGGGUUUUAUUAUAUCCAAUAAAUAUGCUUGUUGGUUGGAACUUGUAGCAAUUCACUUAUUGAACCCAGGGACCUCUUUUGCAGGGCAUCUGGCAGGUAUUCUUGUUGGGCUAAUGUACACCAUGGGACCGCUGAAGAUGCUCAUGAAAGCAUGCUCAGGUGGCUUUUGCUCUCAAACUGACUUUUCAGAACAAAGAAACAGAUACAAUUCAGAGAAUUUUAGAUACUCAGGUUACCCAUCACACUCAUCGAGAGAUUACAGCACAUAUACUGGUGGACUGAAUGAAGAAGAACAAGUUGAAAGGGCCCUCAGAAAUAGUCUGAAUGAUAGAGGCCCAAGACAUUACAGCAAUGAGAGGAGACCCUACGGCUUCUGGCUUCCACCGGAAGAGCCAUCAGUUGAGGAACUUAGAAGGCAAAGACUUAAUCGAUUUGAGAGGUGGUAAAAUUCUCAGGUCUCUAAAAUAUAUAAAGGGCUCUUCCCAGUUGCCAGAGCAUUGUCCGACCUUUCUCAGUUUACCAGUUUCUCAGAAAAUAAUGUUUCCUGCAAAUUAUCAUACCAGGGUGUGUGGAAAAUGUGCACUUGCUUUGCCUCUGGGCUUCCAAAGUUAAAAGUGAAGUUGAAAAAGUUUCUUUAAACCCUUAUACCCUGCAAGGUACUUCCUUUUGGGAUUACAUUCAAAGACACUGCAGAUAAACCAAGGGGGAUUUCUCACUCCACAAAGCUCAGUUCUUAAAUUAUAAUGCAUUUGGGUUUAUUUUCUUUGAUAAUCAUUUGCUUGUGUUUUGAAUAUAUACUGUUCGGAUGCAAAUGUAGAAUGAAAAUGUUUAUUUUCUAUUUGGAAUCCUUAAAAAAAAAUCUGAGUACAAUUGGCUUGGCAUAUCUGUGCAAGCACAAUUGAAAUGAAAGGGAAGAGAGAUGUGCAGGAACUAUACGUGGGCAGUACCCAUUCACUUGAGUGAGAUGGGCUUGUGGCACGCUUUUCAUUGUUGGAUAAUGCUGAGUCUCACUUUACAUUGAGCUCAAUGUGGAAGCUUCUGCUUGCCAGGAGCUGCUUCUCUGCACAGAAUUUACGUCUCAUGCUCUGGAACAGAAUUUGAUGUGGCUCAGAAGAUACAGUUUAGGUCUUCUAGAUAACAGCUUUUAUUUGGCUAGGAUAUGCCCUCUUUAGAUCUGCUGAUUGGUUAAACCCAUCCAUAUUGUUUUCAGUAUAAUUUAAGAACUAAACAUUAUGGUGUGUAAAAAGAAGCUCCUGGCAGCUCUUCUGCAGUGCCUUUGGGCACAGUUGUGUGCUAGUGAUGUAUCUUUUUUAGGUAAUAAAGUGACACUCAGUGUAUAAAUAUAUUAAAGUACUAACACUUAAAUCUUUUUGUACACGAGAGGCCUGAACUUUGUAUAUUUUUCAAAGCCCAAAUAGGAGAACUUUCGUUGUCUUCAAUCUUUUCAGUAUUAUUCAUAGAUAUUUAGAUUCAUCCUGUAAGUUUUGAUUUAUUUGUAUGUUCGAGUGUGAGUUUACUUAUUGACUGGGUUCUGUGCUUCUGAAGCAUUGACACAACUACCUCUCCAAUGAGUUUUUUCCAGGAUCUCCCUCUCCCUUUCUCUUCCUCCCUGCCCCCCAUAUACACAUCAUAAGUAACAUCUGGAUGUUAAUAUAGCAGAAAUAUUGUUGACGUAAUCUGUUUGUUUUCUGGAUUUCAUCAGCAAAUCCUCAGUUUAAAAAUAUGAAAACAUUUGAGAUGCACAGGAUAUUGUUUGGAUAGGCUUCAAUUUUGCAUCUGUAAUUUCCUUUAUCAGUGUUGUCCUAAGAGAACCAAAAUACAAAAUGGUUUUUUGUCUUGCCAAGUGCUGAGAGCUCUAAAUUUGAGAGAGAUUUCAGGAGUACGGUAAUGGCACUACAUAUAAAUCUCUUUGGUCUCUGAUGAUUUUGUAGGUCUUUUAUAUUCAGAAAUACUGAUCCUGUACAUAAUUGAGUACUGAUUUUCAUCUGCAUUCUAUACAAAUGUUGUGCUUCGAUUUUUAUUUUAAGAUCUAGCUAGCAUUGUGCUGUUACAUUUUUGUCCUUCAGAAAAGAAUUCUGUGACCACCUAUCCUAACCUCCUUUGGGAUAAGACUUGCAUUUUAGGGAAAGACUUGCAUUGCUGCCAAAGGGAGCUUACUUCUAAGUGGAAAUAACUUCAGGGGAGCAACGUUAAUCAGGACCACAACAGGAAAGUCCAGGAUAAUUACUUGUAAAGGUGCAUUUAAUAUGUAUCUACCUUUGUGGCCAAGUGUCCACUGAAUUUGCCAUUAUGUUUACUCUUUACUAAUUUUCAAUUUUCAAACAGUAAUACUUGAACCAGAUCAAGUACUACUCAUUUAAGAACAUAAGAAUAGCCUGCUGGAUCAGGCCAAUGGCCCAUCUAGUCCAGCAUCCUGUUCUCACAAUGGCCAACCAGAUGCCUAGGAAAAACUAGGGAGUAUAAGAACACUCUCUUCUGUGGUUUCCAGCAACUGGUAUUCAGAAGCAUUCUUCUCCUUGAAUGCUCUUCUCUAUGAAUUUGUCUAAUCUUUUAGAGCCAUCUAAGUUGGUGGUUAUCGCUGCCUCCUGUUUACUUACUGUAAACUUCUGCAAGUGUUGCUGAUGAAGAUGCCCUUGACUUUUAAAUUAUUAUUUUUAAAGCAACUCUCCACAAGCUCCCAGAAAUCAUUUUGGUUAAUCUUUUUUGAGGAAUAGUGGUAGAAGAGGUGAGAUUGAACAUUCCUGUUCAUUACAUCAUUUUGUCUCUGGCAAUUAUGGUUUGUGAAUUAACAAGCAAUCUUGUGAUUUUUUAAAAUAAAAUAAAUAAAUUUCACACCAGCUUAAAUAGGGCUGUGUUUUUGUGUGUGCGUGCAUGUGUUUUGGCCCCUCAACGUUAGCAUUUUCUAAUUGAGGAGUAUCCCUGAUAAAAUGAACACGUAUAUAAAAAAAUCUAAUAUUGAUCAAUUAAGUUACCUGAUUUUCAGUUUCAAAUGACUGAAUAGAAUAUGGUAGAAUAGCCACUUUAUUCUGAGUGGUAUUGGGGGAAAUUGCCAGAUCCUUCCUGGAGUCUGAGGAUACCUUUCAACAUCACACUUUCAUUCUAUAUUGUCUCCAGCUCAUCCAAAAGAGUGUCUGUGUGGCAGCUAACUAGUGUAUGAUACUUACCUUGAGUUUCAUUGCUGUAGCGCAGUUGCCUUUGGAACGAAGAAGCAAGAGAGAGGGAAUGAUUGAACUUUGGGUUGUAACAACCUCUAACUCAAUGCCACAGGUUGGUACCAAGGUGAAAGCCAGGAGAAGGUGUAUCCUGCUGUAGCGUGGCACCUGGGAACCUUAGUACAAUGGCUUCUUGAGGAUCACAGACCCAGAUGUGGAGAAAAAGAAAGUAAGUUUUAUUGCUGGCAGCAAUAAUUCCCCAAAGACUGAGCACUCUUCUCCCCAACUUGCACCGGACCUGUCACUAGAGAAGGCCAGAUUGCCAGCAUGACAUCUGGCCAGUUAUUGUUCUUGCGUUCCAGUUUGAGUGCUCCAGUGUAUUUUAUCUCAAGCAAUUUAGUGCAGAGCAAAGGUUGGUUGUGAAGAACAGUUGUCCCUCUCAGCAGUGUGGCUGGUUUUUGUGGGCUGCCUGGAAGGUUCCUGAACAGAGAAAUACCUUUCAUGAAUCAACCUGGAUGGAUAGCUUUCUGUACAGGGUUUAAAGCCGAGGCUUUGUUUCUCAUUUAUUGCAACUGCCUAGGAUCCUCAGCUUGAAAGAGAUCCAAAUAAGUUAACACCCAUAGCUUGUACUUUGGCUUGAAUCUGAUAAAUUGCAAAAGUGGAAGUGUUUGAAACUUGCUUCAGUCUUCACUGAGGUAACUGCAUCCCGUGAAAGCUACUUCAGAGGCUUUGCUUCUUACAUCUAGUUCUGAGGGUUUUUGCAGCAGCCUGCAAGGCAUGUAUGAAUGACAGCCUAUGUUUAGCAAUAGCAGGCAGUAACACAAACACCCCACAUGUACUAUUCCAACAGUACUAUGAACUUCUGGGAGCGUAGGAUUUUGGGAUUACAGUAGUUAGUGUUUGUUCAACAAAUUUGGGCCUAUGAUGUAUGUAGAUCUGAUUUUGUGAUUGGGACACAUCUGUGAUUGUGCUUGAAAUAUAGACCAAAACCAAUACUUGGACAUUUCUCUAUGGUUUCUUUUAGUUAGCUGUGGUCUGUGUACUCUCUGAAACACCAAAGAGAAGUCUGUUGAAAACAACAACAAAUAAAUAUCCCCUUGAACCUCAAAGGAGAAUAGAAUUCCAAUCAAUUUAGAGGGAAGAAACAGACACCACAGGGAAAACAUAGGAAGGAAUGUUCCCUACGGAUGGCUCCAUUCUCUGUGUAAAAACAGUAUUUUUUAAAAUGCGCUGUGAAAUAUUGCUGUUCAUUUAAAGUGGAGGAUAGUAUUUCAGUGACAGCCUAAGCACUGACUGUGGAAGUUACCAUGGCAACAACACAUUUGUCAUGACAGCACUGCAAAUUGGCAUAUAAAGCCAGAAUAAAUUGUCAAAGCAUGAGUAGCUUGGAAUGCACAAACAUCCAUGCUCACUUUAUUUUGCAUGAAAACAAAACAACAGUUGUAGUUUUUUCUUUCUUGUGCUACUUGUUAAGCCUUGGGCCUCUUUAAAGUGCUGUUAUCUGUAACACUUUGCAGACCAGGAGUGAGGAUUCUCCCCCCCCCCUUCCUGUAUGACUCUUGGUUUUAUUUUAGGGAAACACACUUAAGAGGCCUGUUUAUAGGUGAACAUGCAGCUAACGGUUCAUGUGGAGCUGAAAACUAUUAUCCCAAAUUGUUUCAUUUAUUACAAAUAUUAAGUCAUGACUGUUGCAGGAAGCACAAGCCAGUUUUAUCUCUAAAACAAGCCUUUUCUAUUUUUAAAACUUUAUUGAGCAACUUGGAAGGAACUUAGGAUGAGAGUCUGGCUUGCCUCAAGGGCCAACUUCUUGGCCAACCCAUUGUUGUCUGUUGUUCACUCAUCUUACCUGGUGCCUCUUAGCAUUUGAGCAGACCACCCUACACCCUUUUUGAACCACUGUUAGAAAUUGUGGUCUCAGCCAUUACUGUGCCCCAGGAGGUUACAGUGGAAUCAAGGAAACAUUUUGCCUUUAUUGUCCCUAUUUGAGGUAGGUAAUUAGUGCCUUGCUUCCACUUGCUCUCUCUUUCCUAUUUCCCUAGUCUUGUUAUCUCUCAACACCACCACCCAGCCCCAAAUUAGUCCAGCUCCUAGUCAUUUGCAUUCAAGUCGUCAUCGUCCCCCGCCCUUGGGUAUAUGUUUCCACUGCUAUUUUGUCAGGUUUCUUAGUCUGUGCCUUUGUGCCUUUACUCCACAUAGAACAGUUGCUCUGCCUGCCUCUUAUUUCUGCUACAGGAAAUAGGGUAGCCUGUGUUAAUAUGUAAUCACUAGCCAUCUUGCUGUCUUAGUCUGUACUAGUACUUUAAGCUGCAAAUCACUUUUACUUCUUGUCUACCAUAUAUGCAAAUAUUAUGGUCGGAAUUCAAAUAAUGCAUUUCAUAGACGCAAGGAUUUCCUGUUGUGCAACAGAACUCCUCCUCCCUACCCCCCCCUCAAUAUGCUCUAGAGCAGGCACCCCCAAACUGCGGCCCUCCAGAUGUUUUGGCCUACAACUCCCAUGAUCCCUAGCUAACAGGACCAGUGGUCAGGGAUGAUGGGAAUUGUAGUCCAAAACAUCUGGAGGGCUGAAGUUUGGGGAUGCCUGCUCUAGAGAUUCGCCCAACACUCCAGAGCAGUAAGGAAAUGGAAAUAUUUGCAGUGAUAGUUGGAUUUCACCCACUAUAGUAUUCAUUUAUCUUAGCAUUUGUUGGUUCUUGCUAGUUCCACCAAGUAAGCAAGACAAUAAUAUUUUUAAGUAAUCCUAUCCGUUGCUGUAGCUUCUGUGAUGUGCACUCAUCUGCUUCUGAUAUGAUACUUCUGUGAAUGCUUGUGUAACAGGCUGAAGAACAGAUCUGGUUAACACCUCAGGUGGGCUUUGACCUAGCCCAGUGGUUCCCAACAGGUGGUCCGCGGACCCCCAGGGGUCCGCGAGCUAUGCCAGAGGGGUCCGCAAGAUGCUA